CUCUCCCACUUUCCUUCUCUAUAUAUUCUCUCCACGGAAACUUUCUUUCACUCGCUCUCUCUUUUCAUUUUCUUCAUCUUUUCAAAACACAACAACAAAUAACCAUGGCUUUCCGUAACAAACCUUCUUCUCCCUUCGACUGCAUCAUCUUCGAUUUGGAUGACACCUUGUACCCGUCCAGCACCGGAAUCGGAGCUUCUGUUAAGAAAAACAUCGACCUCUUUCUAAUUGAAAAAUGCGGUUUCUCACAAACCAAAGCCUCCACACUUCGAGUAGAACUUUUUAAAUCCCACGGUAGCACCCUCGCCGGUUUACGAGCUCUGGGCUAUGAUAUCACCGCAGAAGAUUACCACAGUUUCGUGCACGGAAGACUACCUUACGAAGUAAUCAAACCAGACAUUCAGUUACGAAACCUCUUGCGAUCCAUCAAGCAAAGGAAAAUUAUUUUUACGAAUUCGGACAGGAUUCAUGCGUUGAAGGCUUUAGAUUGGCUUGGUAUAACGGACUGUUUCGAACAGAUUAUAUGCUUUGAGACUUUAAACCCGAAUCUACCGAAUUCAACACGGCCCGAUGAGUUUCCUGUCCUCUUGAAACCUUCGCUGGAUGCCUUCAAAAUCGCUAUUCAGACUGCUAACCUAGAUCCUCAUCGUACCUUGUUUCUGGAUGACAGCGUAAGAAACAUACUUGCUGCUAAAGAAAUGGGUCUCCACACUGUUUUGGUUGGGGAGGGUGUGAAAAGCAAAGUUGGGGAUUAUGUAGUGGAAUGUGUGAAUAGAGUUGCACUUGCGGAAGUGAUUCCUGGAAUAUGGGGAAACAGAGUGGACGAUGGUGAGAGAAAGAUUUCACGCACAAACAGCGAAUUGGAUGCUUUGCUAAGCGCAUAUACUGCUGUUGGAGCUUGAAAACUGACCUUGUGGACAUUCACCCAACCUAAACAUAAAGACAGUGAACAAAUAAUGUCGGAACCUCAUGUGUGUUUGUUAAUGAUCUUGUGAAUAGUUUUAAACGUGGUAAGCGACAAAUGAAUAAAUAAUGUAGAUGUCAAAUCUACUGUGUAAAUUGUAAUCUUCUGUGUAUUUUGAAUUGACUUUUAACCUUGUAGUGUACUAUUUCUAAAUCUAAAUCAGAGUUACUCAUGCA